AUGCCGCAUUCCAACUCCUCAAGUUCCGUCAACUCCCUUGGACGCAUCGAGAGAACCACCCGCUCAAAUAACAAGCUGUCCUCUCCACGAAGAUCCUCCACCCACUUAUCGCAAUCGGUAGACGACGCUGAUGCACGCUCGAGACAUGACCUCCCACAAACCCGGCAGCGGCAGCGCGGUCGCGACGAAGAGGAAAACCAUCAACUUCCUCCAGCUAAUGUCGAAUAUGAUGAAGAAGAUGGUGACGAAGAAGAAAUAACAAGAUGCAUUUGCGGACAGCAGGAUUAUCCGGGCCUUCCAGCAGCCUCUCGCGAGGCCAUCGGCCGAAAUUAUCUGAAAGCCGGCAUCAAAGUGGAAUCGAACCAAGACCCUUCCGCCUCUGCCUCAGAGAUCCCAUCCGACGAUGCUGGCAGUUUGUUUAUACAAUGCGAUUCUUGCAAAGUAUGGCAGCAUGGCGGCUGCGUGGGAAUUAUGGAAGAAGCCCUGAGUCCUGACGAAUAUUUCUGCGAAAAGUGCCGAAAAGAUCUACACAAGGUGAUUGUUAGUGGAAAUGGCCAAAAAUCAACUCAGUACCUUCCGGUCGCUGGAUCUCUUUCACCUCCCUCCUCAAGCUCGGCUACGCGCGAAAAUUCCAGAAACGCUAGAGAUAAGAAAGCUCGAGACAAUGGAGAGGCACCUAAACGAAGGUCUACGAUGAAUAGUCGCGAAGCAGCCUAUGAUGAAGAAGAACUUUUACGUCGAGCAAUUGAAGAGAGCAAGGAGGACAGCAAGUCCGUCAAUGAAGAGACAAUCAUUCGCAGAGGGAAGAGAACCAGAAGUGACAGCGAAAUAACUAAACAAACCGCUAAAAGACAACGCACCAGUUCACCUUCUCCUUCAUCCAUUACUUCGAAGCAAACCCUUAGCCAAUCUCAACCAGUGUCUGAGGACGAAAAAACAAAAGCAGUCGUUAAUGGUAACAAGAAGACGAGGGGUAUUGUAACUCGAAAUCAACGAGAAAAGGAAGUCCUCGCCCUCGAAAAAGAAGCAGAAAAGGAGACCAUACCUGAAGUUUCCGGUCGACGAAAAGGAAGAUCUGAGCGAAGGAAAGGUGAUGAUUCGGAGCCUGAAACAGCCUCGCCAGCGAAAAAUAUUACCAAUGGCUCUGUCCCACCGCAGUCUGGCCCUGAGACUCCCGACAUCCCUCCUCCGCCCGCGCAAAAACCAUCAUCCCGUAAAUCCGGACGUCCACCUGCACGUAGGGGUCGUGUUGGCCGCAAUCAGUAUACCCGAGAUCGCGAUGUCGCCAAUGGUAAUGGUGCAGACAAUCAAACAAACUCUCCCCGCCGUGGGCAAUCUCGGGAUGGGAAUGGUGACUCCCCAAUAGGAAAUACAGGGGCAAAUGGUGCCCACGUUAACGGCGGAGAAUCGGGCAAGCCCAGUAGACCUCGAUAUAUGAACCCGAACAGAACGACUAUGAACGAUAUGAGACGAAGAGUAGCGGCAAUUCUUGAAUUUAUUUCGCGUAUGCAAGUUGAGAUGGCUGCUGCCGGAGAGCAAGCCACUCCGCCCAAUGCCUCGAGUGCCAAUGGCACCCGUGCUCCUGACAGUUCUACCGUUGCUGAAGCAUUAGCAGGCGCUGUGAUGAACGGCGACGUUCGAGUUCUGUCUACUGCUAGCAGCACCGGAACAACGCAGGAAAUUGAACUACCCAAAGAAAGAGAUUUCAAAGACCUAUCCAGCUUGGAAAUGAUGGACGAAUUAACUCGCGGUUUACUCAAAUGGCAGCAAGAAUUUGGGAAAUAUGGCGACAAAUAA